UAUAAUUAAUUGAGACAUUGAGCGCAUUUGUCCUCUGUGUGACUUCUGAAUAAUCUGAAUAAAGGGUUUUAGUAUUUCAAUAAAACUUCUCCAUCUGUCAUCAGUGUUAGGUCCGCUGCUGUUCAGUCAUUCGACCAACAGUUUGCUAAAAAGAAAACUAAAACUGAUGAAAUGAAAAAGGAGAUUAGGUUGUUUUUUUGUCAAAAAGCAUAGGUUCUGGUACAUGUAGCAAGUACCUCACAUGCCCACAGCUGUGUCUCUACAUCACCAUCAAGCGAUUAGCAGACGAAGAAGUCGGAAGGCCUAAUAACUCAGCAGAGGAGUGGUAUUCCGGGAGAUAUCAGAUAACAAAUUAACUCAUUAAUGUACCCGUCUCUGCUCUGAGGCGCAGAAAAUCAAACACAGCCGUGUGUCACGUGUCUUCAGAUUUUUCACACUUGAAGAACUUGUCAAAUGCCCAUCUUUUCGCGCCUUUUACUUCCAAAGAUACACCAGGUACCCGAUUCUGUCGAGUGGUCCAGGUACACGUGUCCAACAUUUCUUAUCUUACACUACACAUGUUAAACUUGCACUUCGUGACACUUGGUCUUAAUAACAUAUACAGCAUUUAUUAUCUUGCUAUCCGACAUCACACUUGUAAUUUGUACAAUAUUUAUUAUCUUAUGCUACAUGUCACCUAAAGUUACUCCUUGCAAUCCUUGGUAUUAAUUACAUUAUAUUUAUCAUUUUAUCCCACACACGGUACCGAUAAUUAACCUUACAACACAUGAUAUUACUUAUAUGUUGAUAUAUUAUCUGACAGCAUACACCUACAGUUUCAUUCCGCGACAGUAGGUAUUGAUAAUAUGCACAUGUAUAUCUUAAAGUAUACAUUAUACUUACAGUUACAUUUCGCGACACUAAGUAAUGAUAAUAUAUACAUUUAUUGUCUUCUAGUGUACAGAUUACAGAUGCUACCUCGCGACAUGUGUUAAUGGUAUUAUAUCUAUAUAUUAUAUUACAUCUGUUACCUACGUGAAACUAAGUAUUAUUAAAUCGUACAGCACAUGAUCUUAUGCUACAUAUUCUACUAUAAUUAAAAAGCGAUAUUUGAGUUGUAAUGAUCAAAUAAGUUCGGAACCAAAUAUUGUACAUGGAGAUAGUUGUCACGAUAGCUCCCCAGAAUAUAGUCCUUGCAUUGCAGUGCCCAUGAAGUAUUGACACAGAACUACUUGUCAUCCAAUUUUUCAGUAAAGGACUUGGAGCUGUGGGACGACACCCAGAGAGUGUUUGACACCCGGGGUGUCAGCAUGAAGUCGCUGCAGCGGGUGUCGUGCAGACGCCGGGUGAUGACUGUGCUGUUCGGACACCGCAGCAGAGGCGGGUGGCUGCUGUGCGCCUCGCUGAUGCUCUUCCUGUGGCUGCACAACACAGAUCAGUCACUUCAUUCGGCCAAAGUUCACAGACAAACGAAGAAAGUCUUGUCAGCACGUGCAGAUGAAAACUCUGUCAUCUUUGGUGUUGAAUAUGAUGAGGAUGAUUUCGAAGAUGAUGAAUACAAGUACAACUCCACUUCAGCACUUUCUUCCCCAAAGCCAGAAGAGGACGAAGCAGUUGUUACGUGGUCCAGAGAGGAACCCGACAGAUUAAGGGCGGAUAAUGCUGAUUAUGUAAUGUUCUCUGGGGAUUUGAAAACACAGAAAGGGGAUGAGAUGGCACCGGACCAUGGAGCUGAACUUGCUGAUUCAAGAACAGUUGGAAAUGUCAGACCUUCCGACAUCGGCGCCAGCGACCCAACUCCAGUAUCAGCUCGUGGGAUGCAUGAUCUCGACGAUGGGGGAGACUGGUUAGUGAAGCAAAAGAACAGGAAAAAAUUAAUUCGGAAAACAUGCGAAGAAAGAGCUUACCUGCCCAGAAAACGUAUUUACGACACUCACGUGAUUGUAGACAAGGGCACUAACUUGCUGUACUGUCCGGUCGAGAAAGUCGCUUCAACCUUCAUGCGAAGGUUUAUGUACACUCUGAAACAGAGAAACAAAACCAGGACCAUGGCCUCUCCUUUCGAUGUUCCUGUCGACGUGGCCUUAGACUACGAGUUCGACACCUUGCGAACCUUGUUUUAUGAAGGGAUCACCGACUUUGUGGACUCCAGCACUAAGGUCUUGCUGGCGAGAGAUCCUUAUUCUCGACUUUUCGCAGCUUACAUCGAUAAGCUCCUUGUUCCCAAUUAUUAUUACUGGAAAAAGUGGGCAGCUCCAGCCAUAUCAGCGUACCGGAUGUCGCCUUCCGCGCAGGCCCUGAAAUGCGGACAUGACGUCACAUUUACGGAGUUCCUGAAAUACGUUGUAGACUCUUUGCACACCAGUGACCCACACUUGCGACCCGUGAACCAGAUGUGUUCGCCGUGCGAGAUGGACUACAACAUCGUCGGACAGUUGGAGACGUUGAGCGAUGACUUCUCUCACCUGACGAGAGUCCUCGACAUCGUUGUGGCCAACUACUCUUCAGAAACCAUGGCAACGGAAAUCGCCAUCGACAGCAUCGUGGACUACACCUACAGUGCGUUCGAGAGCUUCCAGCAGCUUGGGGAGUGCGUCUCAAAGCUUCAGGUGUGCCGCAGACUGUGGCACCUGAUGCAGGUGAAAGGAAUCAUCAGUUACGAAAUUCGCUUUUCACUGACUGAGGAAGACAUGGCGACGAUGACCCCGAGCAAGUUCGUCAGAAUUUUGGAUAAAGGACGGACAAGCUGGACAGACACCGCGGUGUUGCUGAGACAGAAGCAGGGUGCACUGGAGGAGGCGUACAGGCAAGUCCCAGACAGCCUCCUCCUGCAGAUUAGUGCCAUCUAUUCCCUGGACUUCCAGAUGUUCGGGUACGACAAGUACCCGAGUUACAAAUCAUUGAUGUGACUGUUAGCCUGUCUGUAUGAUGGACAAUGAGACACAGCAAGUCUUUAAUUACAUUUCAAAGGCAGCUCAAUCAUUAUCAUAGCUUAAUCAUCACAGCUCUGUAGUGAGAAGUAUUCGGCAGGAACAGAACGAAAUUUGUGUUUCGAACCCAGUGCUGUGAGGAGAAGGGUGUCGUACACCCGACCUGUUCAGUCAUCCUGUCCUCAUAUUCUGUCUGAGCAAAGACUGUCUGGUGGUUGAUGCCAACAACAAUCUCUUGGUGCUUGUCUUCAUCUUCCACAAAACUGAUCACAACAUUCAGUCCCCACAGUGAUCAACUAACCGAUCAACCAGCCUCCUGGACAAUAAUACAAACAUGAAAACAGACAUACAGGCAUAACACACAAAAACUACUGCAACAAGAGAGAGAGAAAGAAUGAUAAUGUAUGGCUUUGAACAAAGGAAGUUACUGACUUCAUCCACUGUAAAUAAAGAUUACCUGAUUACUAUAUUAUGGUCGGCAUUUAUAUUUACUAACAUCAAAUAUUGAAAUAAUAACAAGAGUUCUUGAGAAAAUUUAGGACUGCAGUACAGUAAAGAAAGAAUAGUAGAGGAAAAAAAAACACAAAAAACCAACCAAACAAACAAAAAACAAUUAGAAAAAGAAGUCUGAAGUAGGGAUAAACCCUUGUUACUACUGGCCAACAUCUGGACAAACUGUGUAUGGUGCAAUAAAACCUCAUGCUGUCAAAUUUUUCAUUCCUAAUAUUUCAUACACCAGCCUAGAAUAUGAACACAUUCUCACCUACUCCCUACUCUUCCAAUUAAAAAAACUAAAAACGGCCAAAGAAAACAGAAAGCACGCGACGUUGACGGUUUGUGAAAAAUAAAUACUGGAAAUGACAAGACAUUUGAAUGUCUGAGAGGACUGGUUGGCCUCACACAGCCUCCAUGGUUUCAAUGCUUGUCACAAACAGGAUCCAUAUUUAUAAAAACACGUUAAUACUUAUAUAAACUAUUAACUAUCAAGUCGAAAGUCGAUGAUGAUAUACAGCAUUGUAAGCAAUGAAAGCACAUUGCAAUAAUUUCGAGGGCGAGCUCCAGACUACACGUGACCCGACAGUGACCCACACUAGAUGCAAAUGUCAACAAACGGAUGGCACCAUGAGAGAUAUGAACUAAAUACAAGAAAAAAGUUGGAGAACUGAGUGCAAUAGUCUGAUUAUGAAAGAUACCUUAACGAGGUAGGUGUCCAACCGCAAUUAAAUCUUAACCCAAAAAGAAAGAGAAUGCCGAACAGUGCGGAUCGUGAAAAAGAAAACAAGCGUUUGUCGAAUGUCUCCUGUCUGAUGUGUCACAACGACGAGGGCAACACAAGCAGAUUAACUAGAUUAAAUAAAUAAACACUACGAUAAAUAAAUUAAGUAAAAUCAAUUAAAUACAAAUUAUCAAAAUACUACAUUUCUAUACUCAGAAAAAUACUGGAUGGCCUCUGUGUUACAGACUUACAGAGCGUUCCCAUGAAAUCUUUCACAAGCCCAAGGUAA